AUGCACAGCAGUGACUUUUCUCUCUGUUAUACAGAGGAACCAAUAUACUGUUACACACCACACAACUUCACCCGUGACCAAGCCUUGUAUGCCAGAGGAUACUGUUGGACAGAACUAAGGGAUGCCUUGCCAGGAGUAAAUGCCAGCCGCUGGCCCUCCCUGUUUGAGCAUAAGUUCCUUCCAUAUGCCCUGCUGGCUUUUGCUGGCAUUAUGUACAUUCCAGCGCUUGGCUGGGAAUUCCUGGCCUCCACCAGGCUGACUUCUGAACUUAACUUUUUGCUCCAGGAGAUAGAUAACUGCUACCACCGAGCAGCCGAAGGCCGUGCGCCAAAAAUCGAAAAGCAAAUCCAGUCCAAAGGCCCUGGGAUUACAGAGCGAGAGAAAAGAGAAAUAAUUGAGAACGCGGAGAAGGAAAAGAGCCCGGAGCAAAACUUAUUUGAGAAAUACCUGGAGCGCAGGGGACGCAGCAAUUUCUUAGCCAAACUUUACCUUGCGCGGCACCUGUUCAUCAUAUUUUUAAGUAUCAUCCCGAUCACGUACUUGUCCACCUAUUACGCCACGCAGAAGCAAAACGAGUUUACGUGCGCUCUGGGGGAGCCUCCUGACAAAACGAGCAGUUCAAAGUUGCUCAUCCGGGUGAACUGCAAACUGCCGUCCGUUCAGCUCCAGCGCAUCAUUGCCACGGUAGACAUUGUCCUCCUCUGUUUCAUGAACCUGAUUAUCCUCAUCAAUUUGAUCCACCUCUUUAUAGUCCGCAAAUCCAACUUCAUCUUCGACAAGCUGAACAAGGUCGGCAUCAAGACGAAAAAGCAGUGGCAGAAGUCCCAGUUCUGCGACAUCAAUAUCUUGGCUAUGUUUUGCAACGAGAACCGGGACCACAUCAAGUCGCUGAACCGCUUGGAUUUCAUCACCAACGAGAGCGAUCUGAUGUACGACAACGUGGUGCGCCAGCUGCUUGCGGCGCUCGCUCAGUCUAAUCACGAUGUCACCCCAACUGUGCGCGAUUCCGGGAUACAAACCAUCGACCCCAGCAUUGAUCCUGCGGACAUCGACCCCAGCGAACCGCUGGUCAUUAAGCGACCCCGGAAGAAAAUGAAGUGGAUCCCGAGUUCCAAUCCUCUUCCUCAGCCGUUCAAAGAGCAGUUGGCCAUUAUGAAGGUUGAAAACAACAAGCCUGAGAAGCCCAAGCCCGUGCGUCGGAAAACGGCGACGGACAGUCUGGUUGCCCCUUUGCUGGAGGCCAACUCGAAAAACUCUCAGCCGUCUUCAACCCACAAAAAUGAAUCUGCUGCCCUCUCCGGCGCAGGCAAUGAGAAGAAACAUACACGACACUUCUCCUUAGACGUUCAUCCGUAUCUACUGAGCAGUAAGAAACCCAAGCCAGAGAUUCAACCUAUUACCUCUAUGGCAACAUCCAAAAGCCAAGGGAGUGGAUUUUUAAGCCAAGAAGAGAAAGUCAUCGUGCAUGUCGCUUCUUCCCUCAAAGGUAAUAAUAAUAAACAACAAUAAUAAAAUUUUAUUUAUAUCCCGCCCUCCCCAGCCGAGGCUCAGAGCGGCUAACAACAGUAAAAAUAACACAGUUUACAUAAAAUCAUAAUCAUUUAAUUGAAAUACAUUCUAAAAUCAAUUCAUUCUAAAAUCAACUCAGAGUCAAAUUAAUGGCAACCAUUGGGCUAGAGUUCUAUAAGGAUUACAAAAGGAGGGGGUCAGACUGUGCCUCAGCCAAAGGUCUGGUGGAACAGCUCCGUCUUGCAGGCCCUGCAAAAAGAUGUCAAGUCCUGCAGGGCCCUAGUCUCUUGUGACAGAGCGUUCCACCAGAUCAGGGCCACGGCCAAAAAAGCCCUGGCUCUGGUUGAGGCCAGCCUAACCUCCCUGUGGCCCGGGACCUCCAAGAUGUUUUUAUUUGAAGACUGUAAGGUCCUCUGUGGGACAUACCAGGAGAGGUGGUCCCAUAGGUAUGAGGGUACGAGGGUCCUAGGCUGUUUAGGGCUUUAAAGGUUAAAACCAGCACCUUAAACCUGAUCCUGGUACAGUGAAUGUUGUGGCUAAUUGUCCCAUGGGGUCCAAGUCAUAUGCAAAAGCUGCUUGCAAUCUUGCUUCCGAUCUUGGGCGUUUGUCUCCACAAUUUCUUAGAAGUUCCCGGGACAGGGUUGCUGCUUUCCACAUGGUUGGAAUAUCACAUCACACCAAUACUGUAGCUUCUGUAUUGGAAUCUGUAUGUGUCAGAUGGGAGGAGAUAGGAUGGGAAGGUGCGACCGCAGAGUCAUGGGAUUCUGAGCAUGCAGAUACAGAAACCAGACCCCAGGGAUGUAAGCUGAACCUGAGACUUGCCGAUAGGAAUUUCCCCCUUCUUGCAUAUUCUCUUGUUAACCUAGAGGCUGGCCGCUCAUAUCUGCAGCUUAUUUUAAAAUUUUAACUCACUAAUAGUUAAAAGAAAAUAGUCUUGUUGUCCGUUCAGAUGCUCUGGUAAUUCAGUCUAAACUCUUGCAAAAACAUGCUUUUUAUUCCUCUUGCUCUUGUCAACUGAUGUUUUUUAGGAAGGUGGUUCACUUUGAAUGACUUGAGCCUCAGAAUUGGAUCAGAGGCAGACCAAAUGCAGAAUGCGGGUCCUAUUAGUCAUGUAAAUUGCACCCCAGUUUCCCAAGUGGUGGGGUUUCAAGAGUUCCAGUGUUUACCCUGGGUUUUGGUUGCCUUUUCAUGAGGUCAUUAAGGACGUUUUCAUGUUUUGUUCCAUCUAGCUUCUUUACACAGCUGUAUAGCUUGGACACCCUAAUAGGUGUCCCAGAGCUCUUCUUGAGGGAGCCACUAAGUCUCUUCUCGCUUGGUCUGCCUUGAACACAACUGCAAAGUUGCAGGCCGAUUGUUCUCCUUAACAUAGGUACCUGCUUUCCCCCCAUCCCUGACUGUUGGAGAGGGACGAGGAUAAUAAUAGUCACCUCCACCUAUCACCUCUGCCAUCUUGGGCCUUUCUAGAGAUAGGUCAGCUGAAUAUCACAGGCUGUCCAUUGUUUGUUUUUUUGUUAGACCUUAAAAUGUCUCUCCUCAGAGGGAUGCACACAAAUAGCUUUGCUUGCAGAAAACUCACACAGCUGAAGGGAAUCCAGACCAGUGUUUCCCAAAGUUGGGUCUCCAGCAGGUUUUGGACUACAACUCCCAUCAUCCCUAGCUAGCAGGACCAGUGCUCAGGGAUGAUGGGAGUUGUAGUCCAAAAGCAGCUGGAGGCCCAACUUUGGAAAACACUAAUCCAGACCAAUGAUCAAAAAUUACACUAGGGACUUAAAGAGGGGGUCGUUCUGGAAAACGUUCUGGAUUAACUCAGGUUUUCCAUUCUCUUGGUGCAAAUGCUGGGAUAUUUAGAAUUAAACUGCUUUGUAGAAUUUGCAUUUCCAGGGGGUAAUUAAGUGUGCAAAUUACUCCUCUUUCAACGUCACUCAGGAGUAUUUCUAGACUAGGAAAAUUUGUAUGAGUUUUGUACUAAUCUGUCAUGGCUUUCUUCAAAGGAAUUCUGGGAGUUAUAGCUGAGGAUACUGAGAAUUCUCAGCUUCCCAGCCACCCCCUCGCAGAACUACAGUUAGCUGAGGAGAAUAACUCUUAACCUAUUUAACUGUAGCAUUAAUAUGCUUUCCUAGACAGUUUAACUGUAGCAUUAAUAUGCUUUCCUAGACAGUUUAUGCCCAUCAUCAAAUUACUUAGUCCUGAGCAAUCCCAUUAGUUUUAAUACAGCUACUUUGAUAUAAGCAGUUGAGGUUUGUUUGCUUUUUUACUUAGUAUAUAUUCUGGCUACAGCUCUUCAAUGAAUAAUGCUACAUCAUAUUUUUAUUGCUUUGGCCUUUGGGUGUUUACGUCAGCUGCUUAAAAUAUCCUGCUUUCCUGUGUGUUGAAAUAUUUAAGGUGUUUAUUUUUAAGAAUUUAUCCUCCAGCUUCCAUAUUCCAGCUUCCACACUUCAAGAAAGCUAUUUAAAAGAAGAAGGUAGAAACAAUAAAACCACGCAGCAGUUAAUAAAAACAAUAGGGAUAAUGAACCGAUAAAUAAAAUUUAAAGCAAUCACCCAAUUAAAAAGAAGGUCGGAUAUUCUAAAAUGACAUGAAAACGCUGAGAGAAUAAUGUAGACUUUGGCAUCUAAAAAAUAUCUAGGGAGAUAUUCACAAUUCAAGGGUCACUGCAGAAAAGACUCUCUUCCACUUUGGACUCUCUUCCACUUUGGAAGAUAGGGCUGUAUAAAAAACAGCCUCUGAAGAACAUCCUAAUUGAAUAUUCUGGUUUUCAUGUGGGAGAAGACAGCCAGUGAAUAUCUUCGCAUAUCCCCUCUGGAUCCCUCCUAAAAGAAUUCUGUGUAUGUUUCUCUGAAAGACCUUCUGCGUUAACAAUUAUUUAGAAUCUGGAGCAAUGUUCUCACCACCAGCGUCUAAAAUAGCUUUCUAGGCAGCUAGGCUUUCUGCAGCUGCUGAUGGUCUCUCAGGAUCUGUUCACGCAUUAGCCUCUUAAGGAAGCAUCCUGUGCAUCUCCAUGCUUCUGGCGGCCUCUCCAGGUGCCCAAGGCGUCACCAUGCGCUCACUACCAUAGCAUCCUUGCCUUUUCUGACUGCGGAGAAAGAGAGUCACUGCCCCUGUUGUUGUUCUUCUUCCUUGUUCUCUCAGAUGCCAGCUGGUUUUCCUUGCUCUGUCUCCUCCCAGCUGAAAUCAAGAGCAGCAAAUAGUAGAAAGAACAAGGAAGGAAAACAUGUAACAUGUAACUUGCUUUUUACUUUCGGCAAGCAAAAAAAAAUAAGUGAGUUAGGUGAGGAUGGGUGAGUAUUGCUUGCUGUCCUUCUGAGGGUUGGAAGAAGGUUCUCCAGAUCAGGUACCUGUAGUGGCUGUUGAAACCAGUGACCACUACAGGGACAAAGAGGCUUUGAUAGGCUAAUGUGUCAACUAGCCCAGAGAGGCAUAAGAUGAUACAGGAUCCUAUUAUAGAUACUCUGUCCAACUAUCAGAGUCCAUGGAGAACGUAGUCUCGGCCAGUUGCUUGUUUUCAUGGAGACGAACCCACAAAACAUGAAUGCCAGAACUGAUCCUGUUGGGUGUAUGAAAAGCGAGCAAUGAUUAAAAAAGUGUUUUGUUUCUCUUUUAGGAUCUUCCGUUCCGGGGAAAGAUACCCUUUACUCUCACAACACAUGCAGGACUGUGCCUGCCGCCGGGACUUUUCUCACCUGCAAUCACAACCACAUAGCAACUUCCGGUGCUGCGAAAAAGGUCACUCUGCCCCACAUAAGCCCAGCAGAGCCAGUGCCUGCCUUAAACUGUAACGCCGCUCACCCUCUUCUGCAUAUCAAUACGUUGUAUGAAAACCAUGAAGAAGAAGUAGUGUCAAACCUUAUAGACGAGUCUUUAGACAAUAGUAUUCACUCGCCCACGGAGGCAGGAGACAUCAUCUCCAGACCUUCCACGAAGCAAGUCAUGUUGGCGACGUUUGAUGAGCCCCUGGCAAUGGUGAACUCUGUAGAGUAUUGA